GGAGACUGAGCGGCUUUGGCUCUCUCUUUUGCCCCGCUCGCUCCCUCGCUCGCUCCCUCUUUUGCCCUCCUCUCUGGCUCUCUCUCUCUCUCCCCCCCCCAUCUAAGUCCGAAGUGGGAGCUCUCUGCGCGGAGAGGGUAUAUUUUUAGAGCGAUUGCCUCCCUGCUUGGAACCACGUGUGCUGCCCAUGUUGCUCGGGAUGACUGCUGGCCCCUCUUCAGCCUGUUUGCCAGUCUUGCUCCUGGGACUGCUUUCGCUUUGGCUGGCGGGGCGCUGCAUGCCCGCCUUGGCCCAGCCCCACCACCAGCAGCACAACGACACCCUGGAGUGGCGCUGGGAGACUCUCUUCUCGCGCUCUAUGGCCAGGCUCCCCGGGGAAAGGAAGGAGCCCAACCGGGACGGGGACUAUCUGCUGGGCAUCAAGAGGCUGCGACGCCUCUACUGCAACGUCGGCAUCGGGUUUCACAUCCAGGUCUUGCCAGACGGCCGAAUCAACGGGAUUCACAACGAAAAUCGGCACAGUCUGCUUGAAAUCUCUCCUGUGGAAAGAGGAGUGGUGAGCCUCUUUGGUGUUAAAAGUGGACUCUUUGUAGCCAUGAACAGUAAAGGCAAACUCUAUGGAUCUAGCCAUUUCAACGAUGAGUGCAAAUUCAAAGAGAUCCUGCUGCCCAACAACUACAACGCUUAUGAGUCCCAGAUCUUCCCAGGGAUGUACAUAGCCUUGAGCAAAAAUGGACGAACAAAGAAAGGCAACAGAGUCUCUCCCACCAUGACAGUGACACACUUUCUUCCUAGGAUUUGAGUGCUUGUCCCUUCAGAUUUAACCUCAGGGAAGUGCGGGAGAAGGCAUGACCCGAGGCGGAGGAGAGCAGGAGGGAAAAUCUAUGGUGCACUUUUCUUUGAGAGUUUUAUGCAAGAGUAGGUGUAAGAUAUUUAAAUUAUUUAAGUCUGUAUAUAUGGCCAGAAAGUUAUUUAUAGUUUUGAUUUUUAAAAAAGAAAUUCCUAAAAAAGAAAAAAAGAGAGAAAAGACAGACCUGGCAUGAAACAAAAAACCUCCAGCCUAAGCUAUUUGUUGCACAAUGCAACAACAGAGGACUCUUUUGCAUUGUGGUUUAUUUAACCUUGUUUUGGGUACGUUAUCACAGGUGUGCUGCUAUUAUGUGUUGUUUUUUAAAACGUGAAAUCUGAUUCCUAUAUUUACAAUGUUUUGCACUGUUCUCUGUGUUGUACAGUGUUAGUGAACAUGAAGUUGUUGUCCUUUUUUCUUUUUUCUGUAAAGAAACCAAUGAUAAUUGCCAGGUAAGGACUUAGUCUUUGAAGAAAGACUGGGCAAACCUUCCUCAGUUCUGAUGCCAGCUUGUCACACGCAACAUACAAUGUCUGACCUCCUUUUGUGCAGCUUUGCCAUUUCAUUGAAAAGGUAUCAGUUUACUUCUGGUGCAGAAAGUGCAGUGUUGAAGUACCACCCUGAAAAGCUGUUUUAUAUCUGCUAUUACUGAACUCUGAACUUCCCUGCAGUCAAUCUCUUUGGAGCCCGUGGGACUCAGUCCACCAAGUAAUAUGGCUGAAAAGACCCAUUUGAACUAACUUGAAGGCUGCACAGCAGCAAUGCUUGGUGAAUUGUUCCCUUAGCAGACAACUCCAGGAUUAAGUCUCCAGGAUUAUUACUGUGUUUUAACUUUUUUUUAAGUUGGACAAAAGCAAACGUUUUGACUGGUUGGUUGGUUGAGUCUGGACAGUGUUUGCUUAUUUUCGUUCCCUGUCCCCCCAACUCUCACACUGUGAAACAAGUAGGCCACAAUUAACUAGUAGCAUUUGAUUUUUGAAAUGAAAACUAUAUAUUUUUCAAUGUGAUAAUUCCAUUUCCCCUCCCUGCCAAAUGCAUAAUUCGGGCAAUGUCUGAAGAGUGUGUCAUCAAAAAGGAUUUCUGUCUCUCUAGCUGCUCUAACUCUGCGAUAUGGACAGAUGACUGAAGUUCCUCUAUUUACUUAUUUAUUUAUGUAUUAUUUUUAAUACAAUAUUUUGAAGAAGAAAACAUGCUGCUGCCUUUCAGGUUGCAAUCCAUAACCCACUAUGGCUGUGUCUAUGUUUCCAUAGGAGGCCAGAACGCACCAUUGCAACAGAAAUUGACUUAGAUCAGGUGUGGGGAACCUUUGGCCCUCCAGAUGUUGCUGAACUACAGCUCCCAUCAGCCUCAGCAAGCAUAGCAAAUGGUCGAGGAUGAUGGGCGGUGUAGUUCAGCAACAUCUGAAGGGCCAACAGUUCCCCACCUUUGGCUUAGAUGCUCCUGUUGGUAGUUGUGCUUGCAGCAAUGUGAUCAUCUGAAUGAUUACCAGAGAAGUACAUGGACAGUCUCUAGCUGGAAAAGGGCUUGUUAGUGGUAUGCUUUGCUGCCCUGGGCUCCUACUGGGAGGAAGGGCGGGAUAUAAAUCUAAUAAAUGAAUCAUUCCAAUGACCACUCGUCACCAGCACUACUAGCAGCUUGAAACACAGUUUUCCCUAUUUUCUGGCAGGUAAUAUAGCUGGGUAUAUUGGAACUUAAUCAUUUUUAUAGUUUUGUGAGAAAGCCUGGGGAAACCAAACUCAGCUUAGAGUGCAGUUCUACAGUCAGGAUAUGCCAGUUGAAGGGCUGCAGGAUGAAGUGGAAGCUUGCUGCAUCGGCAAUUAUGUCUUUGCUACUGGAUUUAUCUGGUGCAACUGGAUGGAUACAUUGGCACAUCAGUUCUGCUGGUGCAAGGCCCAAAACAGCAUUGAGCAUGGGAAAGGAAGGGAAUGGGACAGAAAAGAAACAGACCUCUAAUGCCAAACUCAUCAGGCCCCACCAUGCUGCAAGUGACAGUGCAACUUUGCAUGGACCACUGAGCAGGCAUAAGGAAAAUCCCAUCUUUAGGAUGCAGUGGAGAGAGAAACUGCCCCCUAUAAUGAGAUGAUGAAGUAUAGGAUAUGAUGUGUUGCACCCGCAUAAAUGCUCCCAAAGUAUAAAUAGACUUUAGGAUUACUCUGUCUGUUUGUUGUGUAGGUGCAGGAUUAUUCCCUAUACAGUUUUCUUGACUUUGGACUACUGUGAUAUAAAAGGCUUAUGGGUUGCAGCCUUAGCAUUUCAUUCCCUGACAUAACUGAUUCAUGUCUACCUCACUCAUUCUUGAAGCCAGUUUCCUAACAAAAUCUGUAUGGAAGGUGCAUACAUUUCUUUUCUUCCUACCACCCACCCGGUUAAUUCAGUGUUAUAAUUUCCAUGUGGAAAUUAUGUGGGGUCUCCCAGAAUCCCUACUUUUUCCCCUCCAUAUGUAGCCAGAAGUAUUCCAGAUAGUGUUGGUUGCAUCCAAUUUGAGCCUUGUCACGUUUGUGCUAUCUUUACCCAGUGAUUUACUUUUAGUAAGGAUAAUCAUGGUGAAAAUAUUUGCAGACAGCUGUCAGGCUGCAGCACUAUAUGGUCAUCCAGUAACCCUAUAUUUUUCUUUAUAUAUUUUGUGAAUGUAAACCAUGUCUUUAAAGCAAAGAAUGAACAGGCAGGUUGAGAAUGAUGGCAGGGAGAUGGCGAAGGAGAGAUAAGGGGAAGUCUGAAACUUCUGCUAAGUUUUGAGUUGUUGGCUGAUUGGUUUUUUUUUAACGAAAGUGUAUAUUUGAAAAGCAAAAUAUAAUGUUUGUGAAACCAACAUCUAGGAAGCCUCAUGAUGCUUUAGUAGUAGUUCACACCGUUAUGGCUUGAGUAUAAGACCUGUGGCAUGAGCAAAUCAAGGCUUAUGACAAGGUAUGCUAGUUGCUGCAUCAGGGCAAUAUCUCAAAUACAAUGUUAUGGUGCUGUUAUUUCAGGUAGUCUUGCUGCCACAAAGAUUUAUGAUUGGAGUGGGCAAGCUGAUGCCCUCGAAGAUGUCCUCUUGGUAGGGCUGCUUUACACCAGAAUCCUGAAACUAUUUCCACUGACUUUCAGUGGGAUUUCUUUUGAGUAAAUAUGCAAAGUUCAUGUCUUCAAUUUGAGGCAUUUAGAGCACUUGAGGACCUUUGAGUCGCAUGGUGUCUGUGUAUAGCCUGCCACAUUGGUGGCUGGCUGAAAGCACCUUUGACAACUCCUUGAAAGUAUGGACUACAAUCUGGAGCAGAUUCACUGCUCUACAGACUUUGGAGCCACCAGCUUCCACUGAUCUGUCUUGUUUCCUUUCCUCUUUAUGUGGUGGGCAAGAAGGAAGCUGACAUAUCAAAUCAAACCAUUGGUCUGUCCAGCCUAGAAUUCUCUGCCUUGGCUGGCAGUUGCUCUCUAGGGCCUCAGGGCGGAGGUCUUUUCCAUCCACAGCUACCUGACCCUUGUCACUAGAAAAGCCAGGAACUGACCCUGGAAUCUUUUGCAUGCAAAACAGGUGCUGAACCAUUGAGCUAUGGUCCCAUCCCACAGGGUCCUAAGGGAAGGGUGGAUCAAAAUGACUGAGCCUGAUCCACCAUCCCAUUGGCAGGUGGCAAACUGGGCGUGGUCAUUUUGGCAACAUUUUAGUGGAUUUGCAAUUUGCCCCUGAAAGUUUUUUUGGAGGAGAGGGGCUUAAUGUGUGGAGUGUGUGUGUGUGGAGGCUUACCUUCCCCCAUUUCUUUUGUAACUUUUAAAAGCUGAUGAGACUGUAUUUUGGGAAUGAAGGGUGGCAGCAUCCAGAGCCCAGUUGCUCCUGGCUUUAAAAUGUUGCAAAAGAAAGGGGGAGAAAGGUAAUCUCCAACACCACCAUUGUAACUUUCUCCCUUCUCCUAAAAAGGAGCAAAUAAUUUCAUGCCUCCCUCUUACCUCAUUUAGUUUGGUGGUUUGCCCCUCCCUCCGCAAAUCCCAAAAUGAAGCAAAAAAAAAAAGGAUCUCCCUCGAUGUGGGUUGUGCAUGACAUGUAGCCCUGCACAGUCUGGAAGGGAGAUAUUGGCAUACGAAAUGUGAUGCCACAGCACAGAGCACAUUCUUUUCCCUGGAUCAGGUUUCUAUUUUCUAAAGUGGAUGUUAAAACAUUAAACUAAGAACAUGGGAAGCAUCCUUCUGAGUAUGUCCUUAUGUCCCAUUCCUAAGACAAGCUGUGCAAGUGAGCCUUUGGGGUGCAACUUGUCGACUAAAUCCUCAAUGCAAUGUCACAAAUUCUGAGACACUGAUGUGGUCAUUAUCACAGCAGAAGUGCCAUGACAGGCCAAGGCUGGAUUAACCAGCAUCUUUAGUGUGCUACAGACUGAGCAAGCUGGGGAGCCUCCUGUGAGUUACAGUGUUGGGAUGGGCCUACUUUGUUCUCCAGGCUGUGCUUUAUUGAACUUCCUCACAUUGAAGAAUGUGGCAGGGUCCAUCAUAGGAUAGUAGAAGAUUGACUGUGGCCCAGGGGUGUAGUCGUCCAGGGUCCCAGGGGGUCUUAGACCCUUUACUUUUUUGGGAGCGGGUCCCAGCAGGGUCCUUGUGUCCCCAGCAUCCUAUGAGCCAAUCAGUAUGAAAGGGGAGUGUGUUAGCCAUUGAGAAGAGUCUUCUAACAUACUUCCUUGUCCUUUCCUGCUGAUUGGAGCCAAUCAAAGUGAAAGGAGGUGAGUCGGCCACUGAGAAGACUCUUUUCAGUAGCUAACACUCCCCUUUCAUGCUUAUUGGUUCCUAGGGACAUCUGUUAUUGUGGGAGAAGACAUUAACAAGGAUCUCAUUUAGCAAAAAAGGGGGGAAGAGUGUGACUAUGAUUAUGAUGAAGGAACCCUGCACUUUUGAAUUUGCCAUUCCACUACUGCUGUGGCCCCGUCUGCAGGGCAACAUGAAUGACUUUGGAAAGGUUCAUAUAAAGGACUGAUUUGAGAUGAGGUAUGGGAACUUGUUCCUGUGUUAGCAUGUCAGCAGAGAGAAAUAGCACCUUUCUUAGGAUGUAAUACUGGUGCAGCAUUAAUGCAUGAGCCUUGUGCUUGUUCCCUCCUCCCUCUGCUUUCCUCCUUUCAUCAUGAGGACAUUGGAAGCUUUUGCUUUUAAAGUAAUCAGUGCUCCCCAAACCUGGAAAAAUUCAUGGGGAAGGAGUGUAGCUCAGUGAUAAAACAUUUGCUUUGCAUGCAGAACUUCCCCUGUUCAGUCCCCAAUAUCUCCAAGUAGGGCUAGGAUUAUCCCCUAUCUGAAACCCUUGAGAGCUGCUGCAGGCAGCUAAAUGGACUGAGCCAAAUGGACCAGUGCUCUGACUUACUAACAGCUUAACAGAAGAUAAGGCAGCUUCCUAACUCUGGCUUAUUCAAACUCUGAUUUGUUUGAACAAGCCAGGAUCAAACUAUGGUUUAUAAACUUGGCUGGUUCACUAGUGGUAGUUUAAAUGAACCAAGUUUGGACAUAACAGAACAUUCUGGUUAGCUGACAAGUGAAAGUAAAAACUUUUAAUCUCUUGCUCAUAGCCACAGAGAAGGGAGAAAGGAAUGUUCAAGCCAGAACAUAUCAUACAAGGUUAUGCACAGCAAGUUUUUAAGUGCGACAUCUAAAAAAGCCCUAUGUCCUGGAGUCAGCGGUUUGAAUGCCCCCAAAUAUGAUUUAGGGUUGGACCCCUUAGGUCUUUUAAUGCAGUCUUGUUACAAAUAGAAGUGUUACAAAUGUUCAGUGUCAGGGAUGUUAAGAGCAAGAUAGUAGCUGAUAUUUAUCACAUGGUUGUUGCAGCCAUCACUUGAUUACUUGAAUGGAUAGGAUUGCCAUCAUAUAUCACUCUCAUUUAUCAUCUCAGGCAUAUGCUCAAGGAUAAGCUUGAAAGGCUAUUCUCAUCCCAUCUUCACUAUCAAGGAUUCUGCCAGUUGACGAGAUUUGCAGUCUUGAGAUAAUUUAGUGCUGAUUUACACAAACAAAUUUCACAGUUUCUCUGCCCAAUGUUAUCCAGAGAUAAUUAUCCUUUUCUAUACAAACAAGGAAUUUUAAGGUGUCUGUGUAUGGACUGGUGGCAUCUCUUCCCAGCAGAAGUAAUAACUCUAACAAUGUUUACCUGGCAACAUCUCUUAGGAUGGAAAGAGAGGUGAAUCCAGCUGCCUGUUCUCGUCAGAGGUUGUUCUUUCUCUUUCCCGCAGCAUACUUCAGCUUUUGAUUCAGUGUGUAAACAAAUCCAAGGUUGAAUUAUCAACCCAGGACAACUGUUCUUGCAGACAUAUCCUUCCACAGCAGUCCUAGAAGCCCCACUGAAAAUAAUAGAGCACACCAGAGUGGUUGUUGAAGAGUUGUAAUCUUAGGGAAUGAUCCGUAAAUUUGUACAUCAGCAAAAUGCCAAGACUGCAGAAAACCUGAGUUCAUCUUUCUUUUCUUUUUUUACAUUCCUGUAUAUUACUAGUUACACAUACAAUAUUGUACUGACAGAUAACUUGCAUGUAUACAGUACUUAAUGGAUGAUCUUGAAGAAUAAAGCUAGCCAUAGGUACUGAUGGAGGCAAAUUCAGAAUCUGGGGAGUCUGGAAUACAAACUCUUCCAGUUUGGAUGAUUUACCCCAAAUUUGGGUUUGGCCUCAUCCCUGCUGCUAGCUAGUUUUCUCUUUAAAAAACCUUACCCUCUCCAGUUCCCCUUUUUAAAAAAAACCCUUACCCUUGAGUAAGGGGAAGGUGUAAUCAAUGGUGGCAAUGGUGCAGUUAGGUUAUUUGCUAUUUUGGACUUAUCCUGUGUAUACACCAUAUAUUGAAAGGAUAUUGAAAGCACAUUAAUUCCCCUCAAAGAAUCCUGGGAACUUUCAUUUGUUAAGGGUGUUGGGAAUUGUAGCUCUGUGAGGGGUAAAUUACAGUUCCCAGGAUUCUAUGGGGCAAAUCAUAUCCUUUAAAUGCAUGGUUUGUACAUAGCCUUCAUGUUCUUACAGGGUUCCCCAUCUUUGGAUGGGAAUGUAUAUUACUUCCCUUCAGAAUCUGGUAAGCCAGUCCUGCUAUGUUUGGAAGCCUCCUGCCUAUUCUGAUGAGUGGGUCACUGGACUUCUGCCUCAAAGUCCUGUCCCAACAGCAUCACUGGCCAGUAGGGAGGCAUUGCUAGAGACCAGAGAGGUUGCUAGAGAACUCAUACCUAACUGAAGCCUGUGAACAUGACGCAAAGCAUCAUUUCCACUAAAGAUGAGGUCUGCAAGUUGGCCUUUCCCUUUGCUGGUGAGCUUGCCCUUUUAAGAUUUUUCAUUCAGAAUGUGGGAGGACUGGAAGGGAAUGUUUGGCUUCUCCUGUUCCUUAUUUCUGAGUUUUCCAGGGAAACCUUGAAAUAACCAAAGGGGCUCCCCCAAGCAUUAUCUGAGAUAGUUUGGGAGUGGAAAUCAGAUGAUUUUGAACAGAGCUAAGUCAUCUAUCACCACUUAUCAGUGAGAUCAGAAUAUAGGACCAGGUUUCUUUAAACAAGAGAUGGGCAACCUCUGGCCCUUCAGAUGUUGUUGAACAGCAACUUCCAUCAUCCCUGAUCAUUUGCCAUGCUGGCUGGGGCUGAUAGGAGUUGGAGUCCGACAACAUCUGGUGGGCCAUAGAUUCACCCAUCCUUCAAACCAUUUUGCUGCUGUUCUUGCUGUUUUAAGUAAAAUAAGCUCUUGACAUGGGAUGCUAAAGUUUUUCUGUUGAGGUAUUUCUGUAUCCUUCCCUCCUUGUUUUCUCUCUCCCUCAUGUGUGGGUAUUCACAUCCAUAGCCAUCAUGGCUAUCUGGAAGCUCAAAGUAUUUCUAGGUUUCAAAAAUCAAAACAAUCACAAGCAUUGACUUGACCCAGAAACCCAUUGGAUGUGGACAGUUCUCCUUCAGUGUCACUGUUGACUUUCUUUCAAUUGUCAGCUGACAGCCUCACCCUUGAUGAGGUAGUUUAUAUUGUAAUGUUCAGAUAAUGUUAUAAAACUUUGAUAUCAAUGUUACAUGGUACAAGCUUUCACCAUUUACCAGAUCUGUCUGUAGUUUUAUACAGGUGUUGUUUAAUAUUGUGGUGUAUGUGCUGUGCACAUUUAA